AUGCAUUUUUUGGAUUCAUUGCAUCUAAAUUCAUUGGAUGAUUCAAAUAGAAACUCUUAUAAUAAUACACGAAUCCAUGAUGAAAAUUCAUCUUAUUCUCAUUAUUCGUCGUUAUCGUCUUAUAUGCAAAGAAUUAAUGUUUUAAAUAAUGAUGAACUUAUAAAUUUUAUUCAUCGUCUAAUGGAUGAACGUGAACAAAUAUUAAAAGAGAAUGAAUAUUUACGCGCAAAAUUAAAUGAAUCGUUACUUAUUGAAACGAUAAACGAAAUCAAAGGUGAACGUGAUAUUCUAUUAAAAUUGUUAGUAAAUACGACAAAUAAUAAUAAACAACAUCAGCAGCAGCAACAACAACAACAACAACAACGAAUAUUCAAAGAGCAAACACUUUUCAAUCAACAAAGUAAUUAUUCUGAUGAUUUGUCACACUACUCAAUGCCAUCAUCUCAGCAACAAUCUCAAUAUCCAUUAUUUAACUCAUCAAUACAAAUUAAUCAAGAUCUCAACGAUAGAUCAAUGCAUCACAGUUUCGAGUCAUCACAUGAUCCAAUAUAUGAUAUGAAUAAUAAUAUCAUACACACGCCACGUUAUGAAGCAUCUAAAACACGUAGAACCGAUUCAUUUCGCUCAAAUAAAACUAACGAGAACGCCCGUCAUUUACCACCGCCAGCACCACCUUCAUCGUACAUACAAAAACAUAAUAAUGAACAAAAAAAUCAAUCUAGCCCUCGACAACGUCGAUAUCGUACAAAAAAUGAACGUACACCAACAAGAACAAUCGAUUCAUCUUCAACAACAACGAAUACGACAACAUCAAAUCAUCGUUUAUUAAACUCGUCUUCUGGGUCGCCAACAGCUGUUUAUCGUAUCGAAGGUAAUACAUUAAAUGCAAAUGAACUUGCAAAUAUAUUUUCGAGGGUUAAACAAACACAUCCGAAUAAAAAAAUAGUUGUGUAUAAAGUUCGUCCAAAUAAUAAUAAUAACAUCGCAUCACCACAAACGAUCGUUAAUGGUAGUCAGGAUCAAAAUCAAUCGUUAAAUUCAAGUAUAAAUGGAGAUGCAAUAAUAAACGAUGAUUUUAAUAGACUUGUGGAUGAAAUGUGUAUAAAACAUGGGGUAUUGAGUGCCGAUUAUGAUGAUAGCAACGACGAAAAUACUUAUCCAAAAUCAGCAAAACUAAAUAAUCAAUCUACCAAGUCGUUUAAACAAUCAUCAACAACGUCAUCAUUGUUAAAACAUCAUCCUCAUUCACCAUUUCAGAUUAUUCAAUAUCGUUCACAAUCAUUACAAGAUCUAACACAACCGAAUAAUAAUGUUGAGCAACGGCAACAACAUUAUCAACAACAACAUCAACAAACGCUUGAUUUUUCAUUUAAACCAAUUAAAAAUGAGAAUGAUAUGAAUGGAAAUGAUCAUGAAUCAUCUCAUACGAAAAUCAUUAAUCUACCUGUUCAAGAACGCUCUCAUUACACUCGACAUUGGAUUCACACAAAUGAAAAUACUUGA